CCUAGAUCAUUGGAACGGUUCUAUUAAUAGCGCUGGUGCAACACCUAUCAGGUGAUUGCAGACAGGUAAGUUAUAAUAUAUAGACAUAGGUGGCGAUGAAAAUACAUUUCAAAGAAGAGAACCAGGAAUAUGGAAAAUACAUUGGUAAAUUCUUACGCAAUAUGCUGCUACAAUGUACAACAAUAGCACAAAAUUGCAUCGGAUUUUUUUUAACUUAAAUUUACUACAACGUAUAACGAACGUAAAGGCUAUCUAGCAGGUCAUGAGUUAUAGUAAAACUUGGUAACCAAUCACAACAUAACCUGCACCGCUCACGCGCACACGUCUGCGGUGAUUGGUCAGACGUAAUUUACGAGACACACGUAGUAUAAUCGGUAGUGGUACCUGUGCCCUUGCUGUCACACUUACUGCAUUGGUGAUGAGACAGAAUUCACGCCAAUAUGGAUUGCCCUACGUGGAUAAAACAAGAGCCCUUUUCUCCUGUUAAGAAGACUUUUCCUGAUGCUUGCUCGCCUACUCCUAUUGGCCAAGACAUACAAGAGGGAUCUGGAGACGACCAGUUACAAAAGGCUGCCUCUGAUGCCUUAGCCGCUGGUCAACUGCUUCCUCUCAUAAAGAAGGAACUUAAAUAUACGAUACUGAAUCGCCGAUUCGCCAAAGGGGAAGCCGACAUUAUUUUGAAGGAUCCACCUAAACCUAAAGCUAAACAGGAUCUAACAGCAGCAGACCUAGAAAGAAAGUCUCGUCGCCGGGAACAGAAUCGGCGGGCUGCCACGAAAUGUCGAAACAAGAAGAAGGGUCUGGAGGACAGCCUGCUCACGAACUUUUACAAGGAACAGAGUAAAAACGAGACUCUUACCGGAAAUAUAAAAACACUAAGAUCUGAAAAAGCCAGACUUGAAAAGAUUCUGGAAGAACACUUAGUUUCACGCGAGUGCGCACUAUCUCAACGUAGCACCUCAUAUACGCCGCCACUUUCCGCUCAACUUCCGCCUAUCUGCUACGAUCAAAACACCGGAAGUGCAACAUCUCCGAGUUUGUACGGAGGAGACAUUUUUACAUUUGACGUACAAAGCAACAAUAAGGUAUGUCCCGUAGUAUCGGAUCCUUGUACCUCAUACAUCAGUCAGACACCAGGACAGACCAGUGGAUACCCACAGCCAUCUCCAGACACAUUUACUUCCGUAGAAGGGCCCAUCUACGUGCCCAUCACGCCACCGGCAGAAGAACCAUCGCACAACAGGGAGUUCAACUGGGCUGAGAAUUUCUUGAAUAUAUCUGAAUUGCUGAGCAGGGACCUUCCGGAGGAGAUCCCGGUCCUCAGUUCGGAUGAUCUGAACAAUCUAGCCCCAUCUGGCCUAUAGGACCUUAUUAGACUGUAUAUGGUCACUUAUAACCUAUGGAUUUUGUUAAGUCAUAUAAAUACGCCAAAUAAUUCUUGAACGACCAGUUCGUCUUUCUCCACGUUUUCAAUUACGAAAUGUUUGUUAAAACUAUGUGUUAGUCUUAAAUUCGUGAACUUCUCUUUGAGGAUAUUCUACAUUCAAAUUAGGAGUUGACAUUUCGGAGACCUACGUUCCAGCCAAUCGGGUAUCAAUAGUUCAACGAAAUGUUCAGUGUGCCGAUUGACGGUUAAAUUCAAAGCAAGUACCCGGUGAGCAUACUGACGUCUAUAAUGGAAAGUGUAAAUUGUUAUAUAUAACUUGGUGACUGAUGACAGAACAUUUUCAUUACAGAUUGAUUAUGGAAAAUGAUCUGUAUCCACAAGCGUUGGUGUUAUAUGUUACCAAGAGACACAUGUUCGUUAGUGCGGGUAAGACGAGUGACCACUCCCCUCGCCACCAUGUCCAGUGUUUAUAUUGAUAUUGAGGUGGAGAAACACUCGAUCAGACAUGGCAGGUCUUAGACUGUGUUCUGUAGUCACGUGAAAUUUCAAUUAAUUUCUUACGCGUACAUUUCACAUUGAGCAAUACAGAUUUUGGUUGUGUUCCGAUAGAAAAGUGACUUCAAAGGUCUGUGUAUGAUCAACAUGUGACAUUGUAUCGUGAAAUAUUGAGUUUACACUGUGCGUUGUUAAGAAUAUAAAAUGAUCUCAAUCGUUACUAUUGUUUUUUUCAUGGAAUCCCAAUUCACCAGCAACAUCAUUGUAGUAUGAACCUGCUGCUCAUUACACGCUCCAUGCUCAUUUCAUAGUACCAUUUUACAUUUGUACUUCUGUCCAUACUUAUCAUUUUGGUGCAUUAGACAUUAGUUGGUCCUUUUAUAGUUUACCUUCCAAUUCCAUUUGUCAUUUCAUCUUAUUUUUGUACAUGAAUGUACUUCAAAAAGUGCAUUUGGUUUUCAUAUAUCAUUUUAUCUUUAUUGCUGCAUAAUUGACCGUUUGAUGCCUUCAAUUUCCAUUUAUCAUUUUUUUCUUUUAUUUGGUCCACUAUUCAAAUGACCACUUGGUCAUUUAUUUAUUCGGUUUCCAUGUAUCGUUCUUAUCUGAAUUUGUGCAUCCCAUUUCCAUAUAUCACUUUAUCUCAGUUUUGUGUAAGGUCAUGAAAACACUUUCUCUCGCGUAAAUCAAUUAAUAAAUUAAAAUAACACAAGAAAAAAAAAUACUCGCAUCAAUUGACGGCAGUGAUUAAUUUUCUACCCAAGAUAUGUAUGAAAACUUUGGCCAGUUAUCAAAACAGGCGAUGCGGGUGAAUUGGGUGACCUUUUGAGACCUCAAAUAGAGCUGCUCAGCAUUCAUCAUCAAUUAUCAUUUUUAAAUGCAUCAUUUGCCAAAUCCGACCAUCAUUUUAAUUUAGAAUGUAGUAAUGUUAUCAUACUUUUUUCCAUGAUGGUUUUGUUCUCAUUAAUUUGUAUUUUAAUAGUUGUACGUAAUUAUGUCUUACUAAACAUGUACAUUUUCGUGACUAUGAUUAAUGAUGAUAUACAUGAUUUUUGUACAGAAAAAAGAUAUUUUUGUAUUUGAAAUGAGUUUAUGUAUUAUUUUGAAGAUUGUUAAUUACACAGAUGAUAUUUACUUUAUUUUGAGUGAUAAAGAAAUCUUUAUUAUGUAAAACUGUACAAAUUCACAAACAAAUAAAAUGUUUUUUUAUUGAUA